CGACGGAAUUCGAGGUGCCGUCGGAAGAAGAAUCGGCGAGUGAGGGUUUUGAACCUUUUUCCUUCGGUUCCCUUUCAGUCUUCCCGCUCUCUUCCAAGUCAAGCUCUCCUCAAACAGGCGACAACCAAUGGCUUCGUCGUCCUCCUCCGCCGGAAGUAGCUACGACAUCCCGUGGGUGGAGAAGUACCGGCCGAGCAAAGUGGCCGAUAUCGUCGGCAACGAGGACGCUGUCUCCCGCCUCCAAGUCAUCGCCACCCAGGGCAACCUACCUAAUUUGAUAUUAUCGGGUCCUCCUGGAAUUGGGAAAACUACGAGUAUACUGGCUCUAGCGCAUGAGCUUCUUGGGCCUAGCUAUAAAGAUGGUGUUUUGGAGCUGAAUGCAUCAGAUGAAAGAGGAAUAGAUGUGGUGAGGAACAAAAUAAAAAUGUUUGCACAGAUGAAGUUAACACUUCCACCUGGGAGGCACAAAAUUGUGAUCCUCGAUGAAGCUGAUAGCAUGACUUCAGGAGCACAGCAAGCCCUGAGACGGACAAUGGAAAUAUACUCCCAGACCACCCGUUUCGCUCUUGCUUGCAAUACAUCUUCUAAAGUGAUUGAGCCUAUUCAGAGUAGAUGCGCUCUCGUUCGAUUUUCAAGACUGUCUGAUCAGGAGAUUCUUGGUCGUCUAAUGGUGGUAGUGGAAGCAGAAAAGGUUCCAUACGUCCCUGAAGGACUUGAAGCCAUCAUUUUCACAGCUGAUGGAGAUAUGAGGCAGGCACUCAAUAACUUGCAAGCUACAUACAGUGGAUUCCGAUUUGUCAACCAGGAAAAUGUUUUCAAGGUAUGCGACCAGCCUCAUCCUCUGCACGUGAAGAAUAUGGUUCGCCAAGUCCUUGAGGGAAAGUUUGAUGAUGCUUGCUCUGGUUUGAAGCAGCUUUAUGACCUUGGCUAUUCCCCAACUGAUAUCAUUACAACUCUCUUCCGAAUCAUAAAAAAUUAUGAUAUGGCUGAGUAUCUGAAGCUAGAAUUCAUGAAGGAAACAGGGUUUGCCCACAUGAGAAUCUGUGAUGGAGUUGGUUCCUACCUUCAGAUGUGUGGCCUAUUGGCUAAACUUGCCCUAGUUCGUGAUACAGCCAAGGCAGUGUGAGCCGAUAGCUCGGUUUAGGAUUCUGGCGGGUUUCUGAUGUGGAACCAGUUGUUUGAAGUGUUGAAGUUAUUUGUGUGUUUCCAAGGAAGCCUAUCUUAUUUACAUGUAAUUGAGUUCCUUAGGUUAGAGAUUGGCAAGUAGAGAGGCCUAUGGCCCAUUGUCAAUGUUCUGGAAAGAUUUGUGCUUUCUUUAAGGACGGUACUGUAAUAUUUUAAUCAACACAAUUGCUGACCAAAUUUGUGAGUAAUUUCAUGACUAGGUCUGGCAGGAACAAUGCCAGCAUGUGCGCCGUCUUUAUCAGUUUUGGCAACCAUUCAAGUUCCCACCGGAAGGCUCCGGGAAAUUGAUGAUCUAGAAGAGAUUAGCUAGUUGCUUAGUCCUCCUAAUUGAACUAGCAAAUGCGUACGUCAGUUGAAUGUC